CGGACGCCCGCACCAUGCCCACUCCCAACGCCGCCUCGCCGCAGGCCAAGGGCUUCCGCAGGGCCGUCUCCGAGCUGGACGCCAAGCAGGCCGAAGCCAUCAUGUCCCCGCGCUUCAUCGGGCGACGGCAGAGCCUCAUCGAGGACGCUCGCAAGGAGCGAGAGAAGGCAGAGGCCGCGGGGGCCGCCUCCUCAGAGCCUGGGGACCCCCUGGAGACCGCAGUGUUCAAGGAGAAGGACGGAAAGGCCACACUCAACUUGAUCUUCACCCUGCGGGGCGCCAAAGCCUCACUGUCCCGGGCCGUGAAGGUGUUCGAGACGUUUGAGGCCCAAAUCCGGCACCUGGAGACCCGGCCGGCCCAGAGGCCGCGCGCAGGGGGCCCCCGCCUGGAAUACUUCGUGUGCUGUCAGGUACCCAGCGCGGACCUGCCCGCCCUGCUCAGCUCCGUGCGCCGGGUGGCUGAGGACGUGCGGGGUGCCAGGGAGAACAAAGUCUUCUGGUUCCCGAGGAAAGUUUCCGAGCUGGACAAGUGCCACCACCUGGUCACCAAGUUUGACCCUGACCUGGACCUGGGUCACCCGGGUUUCUCGGACCAGGCCUACCGGCAGCGCAGGAAGCUGAUCGCCGAGAUAGCCUUUCAGUACAAGCAUGGCGACCCCAUUCCCCGUGUGGAGUACACGGCCGAGGAGAUCGCCACCUGGAAGGAGGUCUACACCACCCUCAAGGGCCUCUACGUCACUCACGCCUGCCGGGAACACUUGGAGGCUUUCCAGCUGCUGGAGCGUUUCAGCGGGUACCGGGAGGACAGCAUCCCUCAGCUGGAAGACGUGUCCCGCUUCCUGAAGGAACGGACAGGGUUCCAGCUGCGGCCCGUGGCCGGCCUGCUGUCCGCCCGGGACUUCCUGGCCAGCCUGGCCUUCCGAGUGUUCCAGUGCACCCAGUACAUCCGACACGCCUCCUCGCCCAUGCACUCCCCGGAGCCGGACUGCUGCCACGAGCUGCUGGGGCACGUGCCCAUGCUGGCCGACCGCACCUUCGCUCAGUUCUCCCAGGACAUUGGGCUCGCGUCCUUGGGGGCUUCCGACGAGGAGAUUGAGAAGCUGUCCACGCUGUACUGGUUCACGGUGGAGUUCGGGCUGUGCAAACAGAAUGGGGAGGUGAAGGCCUACGGUGCUGGACUGCUGUCCUCCUACGGGGAGCUCCUGCACUCUCUGUCUGAGGAGCCCGAGAUCCGGGCCUUCGACCCGGAUGCUGCAGCCGUACAGCCUUACCAGGACCAGACUUACCAGCCCGUCUACUUCGUGUCCGAGAGUUUCAGCGACGCCAAGGACAAACUCAGGAACUAUGCUUCCCGCAUCCAGCGCCCCUUCUCUGUGAAGUUUGACCCGUACACGCUGGCCAUCGACGUGCUGGACAGUCCCCAUGCCAUCCGGCGCUCCCUGCAGGGCGUCCAGGACGAGCUGCACACCCUCACCCAUGCGCUGAGCGCCAUCGGCUAGGACAGCGGGAGAGACCCUUCCCCCGCCUCCCCCGGCCCCUGCCCAAGCGAGGGGCUGGGUCCCCGGGCAGCCCCAGAGCCCGCUGGAGACCGUCCCUGCUGGAGGGCACCCCGCUGACCCCCUCCCCACUGCUUCCCCGCUCGGCCUGCGGGCGUCCUUGUCCCGCCCGUGACGCUGCGCGCUGCCCGCUCACGAUCUCAAUAAAGGAGAGAACCCCUCUGAGCACCU